AUGGUGUACAUCUCAGUGUGGCAGGAUUUUCAAGAAGCUGCCGAGGCUCUCUAUACCAAGUCUCCGGAUAAUGCCAGAUAUUGCGUCAAAUGGAAAUCAUCGGAGGGAAAGCUGGUGUUGAAGAUCACUGAUAACACGACAUGCAUUAAAUUCAAGACCAAUUCAUCCAUCUUCUUGAAUCGAUUUGAAGUCCUCAACCUUACACUCAUGCGGAAGAUGCAAAACAGGCAACCUACGCCAGAGCCCACACCUCAGCCUACAGAGAAGAAGGCAAGCGUGUUGCACGAUGCUUCUGGUGCAGCUACACCCCCCGCACCGUCGCCGGUUCCUGGAGCAUCUACUUCAGGCGGCGUGAAGAAAAAGAAACCGAAGAAGAAAAAGUAA